AUGAUGGACAACAGAAAAACUGUGAUGCUUCUACUGCUGGUUUCGCUGGCCCUUUCACAGGACCUUCCUGCCGAGAAAAAAGAAGACAACAUCGAGGCUCAUGAUUUUGAGAAAUCCAACCACACCAUUCUACAGAUUAACAUGGACACUAAUCAGUUUCUUCUGGAGGGAGACAUUGCUGCACCGAAAACCAGGACUGCUAUAAAAUGCACUGGAAACGCUUUCAGUUGUCUCUGGAAAAAGGGUCCAAAUGGGAAGGUGGAGGUGCCCUACAUAAUAGACAGUCUCUAUUCACAGGUUGAGAAAAACUACAUAGAAUACUCUAUGAAGGACUUUGACUCCCAAACCUGCGUCCGUUUCGUUCCGCGUCAGCAGCAGUCGGCGUACCUCAACAUCGUACCCAAAAAUGGGUGUUUCUCUGGCGUAGGGUGUUACGGGGACAAACAGACUGUGUCUCUGUCCAAAGCUGGCUGCCUUCAGAAAGGCAUCAUCCAACAUGAGCUGAUUCACUCUCUAGGCUUCUUCCACGAGCACACCAGGAGUGACCGGGAUAAUUACGUCAGGAUCGACUGGAGCAACGUGAACAGCCCUUCGGAUUUUGCAAAGGAAGACACAAACAACUUAGGUACUCCUUAUGACUACUCCUCCAUCAUGCACUACGACAAGAACGCCUUUGCAGCAGACAGGACCAAACCAACAAUCACACCCAUCCCCAACGCCAAUGUCAAAAUUGGGCAGAGAGUUGCCAUGUCUGCAAUUGACGUUCAGAGGAUCAACAAGCUCUACAAUUGCUGUAAGUAG